GACUCCGUUCGCAGCCUCCCGUUGGUUGUCUCCUGGCUUCUCUUUGACUUGAAUGCCUAUUCUUUCGGUUCCUCCCACUGGCCCCCUCCACUCCUCCUUAAUCCAUCACUUGUCUCCCAACAGUCAGGUAAAAUGAUUCCAUCUCUUGGCUUUCUCUGCUCUCACGGUUUCUGGGUGAACACACCCAACUCCCGCCUCUCUCCCCACCAAAUCCUUCUUGUCAGAUGAAUUCAGAUCUUCUUGUGAGACAAAUUCGCCAACUCCUGCUGAGGGUCCACUACGUUCCUUCCAAUUCACAGAUAAUACAGUCCACAUGUAGAGAAGUCCCACCGUAUUUCUAGAAACAUAAUAGAUGAAAAGCACAGCUCCCAUGGAAUGAGGUGAUCGCAGUGGAUUGGAAGGGCCUGAAGGAUGUCGACCAAAUCAACAUGGACAGCACCAGCUCGCUGCACGGGAGCAGCCUCCACCGGCCAUCCACUGAGCAAACCCGAACCGAUUUCUCCUGGGAUGGCAUCAACCUCUCCAUGGAGGACACCACUUCCAUUCUUCCCAAGCUUAAGCGAAACUCUAACGCCUAUGGCAUUGGGGCCCUGGCCAAGUCAUCGUUCUCAGGGAUUUCUCGAAGCAUGAAGGACCAUGUGACCAAACCCACAGCCAUGGGGCAAGGCCGGGUGGCCCACAUGAUUGAGUGGCAGGGCUGGGGGAAGGCACCAGCCAUUCAGCCGCAACACAGUCACGAGGCCGUACGCAGGGACACUGAUGCCUACUCCGACCUCAGCGACGGCGAGAAGGAGGCGCGUUUCCUCGCAGGCGUCAUGGAACAGUUUGCCAUCUCCGAGGCCACACUCAUGGCCUGGUCUUCCAUGGAUGGUGAGGACAUGAGCGUCAACUCUGCCCAGGAGCCAUUGGGCUGUAACUACAGUGACAACUACCAGGAACUGAUGGAGAGUCAGGAUGCCCUCGCCCAAGCCCCCAUGGACGGAUGGCCUCACUCCUAUGUGUCCCAGGGCAUGUACUGUCUGGGGUCCUCGGAUGCGUGGGAAGCAAGCGACCAGUCCCUCAUUGCCUCUCCGGCCACGGGAUCCUACCUUGGCCCUGCGUUUGAUGACUCGCAGCCAAGCUUGCAUGAAAUGGGGCCUUCUCAACCUGCCUCGGCAUACUCUGCUCAGGAUCCCCCGCCUUUGCUGGGGGGAGACACUGACUGGGCUCCAGGGGUGGGUGGGGUGGACCUGGCAAGGGGUCCUGCUGAGGAGGAGAAGAGGCCACUGGCCCCUGAGGAGGAAGAGGAUGCAGGAUGCCGGGACCUGGAGUCGCUGUCCCCACGAGAAGACCCUGAGAUGUCCACUGCUCUCAGCCGGAAGGUGUCUGACGUCACAUCCUCAGGUGUGCAGUCCUUUGAUGAGGAGGAGGGCGAGGCUAACAACUAGCUUCUUCCCACUCCACGCCCUGCCUUCCACUCGCACCUGAGGGCGUGGCUGCGACAGUCCCCUCCCACCCCCCCAGCAGUACAGCGGGAACCUGGGCAGAAGACGCGCAGAACCCAGGAGCUGCCAGUUCUCGCCAGAAAAAUGGAGGGCCAGGAUGGGAUUCUGUCCAGGCGCGUGCUGUGGGAAGCACAGCUCCGGGGGCUGAGGCCCAGGCAACCAGAUGGCUGUGAACUUGGCUUGGCUGUGGGCUUCUGGGUCUGUGAGGAUGAGCUCCAGUUUGUAUCCUGGGGACAGGAGCACAGAGCGGCCUGUGGCCACCGACUAGAUGUUUCUCACUCCCUGAUUUCGUCUUCCAGGAGCCUUGACCGCGGCUGUCUGAAUGCCUCCUUUCCCACGUCACUCUUGCUUUUUCUGACUGUUUUCUCUGGCUGUGGCCCCAGCCUGACCAUACUGUGUGGAACAGACCUCGGGCUGUUGAAGGUGGCUCCAUGGGCACAGGGGAAAGCCACGUCUCCUUAGUGGGGGGCGAGUCUGCCUUCAGUGGGUGACGUGGCUUCUGAGAUCAGGAGUCACGGGGAAGGUGGAGGCGCCCGAACAAGGUUCUUUUACCUAAGGUCCACCUGGAGACCGGAGAGCCACCCAUGGGACCAAGAACAAACAUGGCCACCUGUUGUGGGAUCGCGACUAUCCCGUGGCUAACGGGAGGGCCCUGAGGGUCUGGGGGAGGACCCGGUGGGCUGGCUGCUCCAGCUCUUGCUUCCUUUGUCUGCCUUCUUCCAUCCCCUGCUCUGGAAGCCCCCCGCCCUGAGGGGGUGACACAGAAUGCAGGUGUCCUGCCAGGCGGGGAAGCAUGAGGGCUGUGCCUCCUUCCAUCUACCCCCUAAUUCUCUGGAGCUGUUUACACUUUUCUCUUUGCCUUUUCUACAUUUUUAUAACUUCUCGGGGACUCAGGUCGAGUGGGCGGGACGGAGGAGUCCGGUGCUGCCAGGCCCCCACCAGGCAGUUUGCUUGCCUAGGAGCGCUGUGGGCACUCGGCUCCUUUUUCCCCUUCUUCAGCUCCUCCCAGGACUGGGGGGGCCUCACAGGUGUCCCCUCCUACCUCGGGCCUCCUGCAGAGGCAGAGGGAGGAUGAGAGUCGUCUUCCUCCUGGGACAGGUUAGCAGUGAUGGUUAAGCCCCUGGACCCGCUUGCCCUUCCACGCCGUCUCCAUUCUGGUGGGAACUUGUGCGUGCCGCGGAUAAAACCCCAAGGCCUCUGUAAGGGAUCCUGACGGCAGGGACUGGCUGGCCGUGGAGCACACUGCCACUCUGUUUCAGUGGGGCCCCAUUCCGUAGCUCCCGCAGAGGGAGACUCUGGGUAGCGGAGAGAAGCUGUGAGGUUCCUUGGCCACUUUCCCUCCUUUCUCCUCCCAGGCUCCAGCACCAAGGCCUUGUGUCCUGCUCGUCCUCUGUCAGUCAGGGGUCCCCGUUGCUUGCAUCCUCUGCCAGGAGGGGAGCGCUGUUGCCUCUUCAGACCUGGGCACGAACUACAUCCCUUCCCUACAGCCCCCAGAUGUCCAUUUCUUUGGAAUGAGGAGGUUGAGAGUUGGGAUGUUUCUGCCCACCUAUGACCCUACCCCCCCACUGAGUUCACACUUUCAUACACACGUGGCACCUGGAAUGCUGCCGAGGCUGGAGACCCGUCUUCAGCGGGAAGGAGGUCAGUUCUUGGAGCAAGCGAGUGGGCGUGGGGAGCACCGGUGGGCGAAGAGUUGCCUGCCUCAUCGAAAGCUGUGGCUUGUGUUGGGUCACGGGCCCCGACUCCCAUCCAGGAGUUCUGGAAGGUGGCCUCACGCCUCAUCCCGCACUGCCACAGGUCUCGGGGGUUUGCACGCUCACCGUUCCCUCCCCGGGGCCCCGGUUUGUUCUCCUGGUGCAGCUUGCUUUCUCUACGCACCACCUUUUCCUUAAAUCUGCUUCAUGCCCCCUGUCCCGCCCCCUGACCGCAGUGGACAUCCCCUCCAGGGAGUGAGCUCAUUUGUCACAGGGCCUUUUUGCUCAGGGCCCUGGGAAAGUUUGGGAAGGUAGACGAAUGCUCUGUCCUCCUUCCCCUCCUCGAGGAAGCCUGCCUUCCGUCCCUGCCCAAGGAUGACUGAGCUGUGAAAGAAUGAGCCAAAUUCAGAGCAGAAUUCAUACGCUGGUGGGGCUCCACUUCCCAGGCCCCCCCCCCCCCGGGGUGCUGGCGUCUGUGCAGGUCAGAAGUCAGCGGAAGGUCUGCAUUUGCAAAGAGGAGAAGCCCCAGGGAGCUGGCCUGGGACCCUCUCAGGACUUCUGGAGGGAGGAACUGCCUCUGGUGCUGGGGGCAGAGUGCAUGGGGUUUGCUUGUAGCCUAUUUGGGGGGAGGGGAGGGGCAUGUGCAGGAGGAGGCUGUUGGGGGCAGGGGAGGGUCGCUUUUCCUUUGGGGUUAAAGGCUGUGCAGCACGAUUUACAGCCGUCCGGAACGGGGCUGUUUUUAUAUUAUUGUGAAUGAGACUGCUCUUGCUAAAUGAGUUUCUUUUUGGGGGGGGGGGGGG